UUGUCUCGGCCAUUUUUGCUGUGAGUUAGUAGCGAACGGUUGUAAAGUUCUAGUGCGUAAAGUGACCAUUGUGUUGUGACCAAUGUCUUCUACUACUAAUGAAGGAGAGGCUUCGCAGCCUAUAUAUAUAGUGUAUUAUCUAUGUUCGCAGCCAACUGAAACAAAAGAUUCACCGAGAACACGCGCCAUAAGACGCGCUAAGCGUAGUCAGAGGCUCAAGGCACAAGUGACGGAUCUGAUCAGGGCAAAUCCAGGGGGAGUGUGGAUGCUUGACCUAAUGCAGCUCUAUAGGAAGCGUUUCAAACGCAACAUGAAUUUUCUUGCGAGUGGGCAUCUGAGCCUGUUAAGUCUGCUCUGUCAAUUGGACGAGCACGUGGUCGUCACGUGUCUUGAAGACGGCUCAUGGUUCGUGCACCUGCGCGGCGCCGAGCCCCAGUACCCUCCCGUACCGGUGCCCAGUCCUCGCCCCGUGAGCGCCAGCACGCCACUCACAGCCAAGGACGCGCUGCCUGACAUCAUCUAUGACGAGGUGUUCCCCGAGGACUGCAUGCAGCCGAUGGAAGUCAUCCCGGAGUCGUCACUGCGGGACAUACAGCCCGCCGACAUGGUGGAGAUCAGAGUGACAGAGGUGUACUCUCCCUCGCACUUCUGGUUAAUGCGGCUCGGCGACGAGUACCACAUUACCUUGGAGAACAUCAUGAAUGAAAUGACGCGCUACUACGACGAUGAGGGUCGCUCACGCUUCCUGGAGGCCGGCGCCAUGCGCGUGGGGCACUACUGCAGCGCGCCAUACGACGGUCGUUGGCACCGCGCGGUCAUCGUCCAGCUCAACGACAGCGACACUGUUAAGGUGCGGUACGUGGACUACGGCACGGUGGAGUCGCUGCCGCGCCGCGAGCUGCGGCCGCUGAAGCGCGAGUGGGCGCAGCUGCCGGCGCAGGCGCUGCGGGCGCGGCUGGCUUGCGUGCGUCCCUGCGCCGACGCUACCCGCUGGCCGUUCGCUUCCUCCGCGCACUUCCUCAAACUCGUGGCCAACAUGCACCUCGUCGCAAACGUCCUCUCAGUCAACACCGAGGAGAAGGUGAUCGAGACUCUGUUAGUAGACACGUCUACGCCGAAGGACCUCCUAAUCACCGACACACUAAUCAAAACCGGCCACGCUGACGCACGGCACGACAGCGUUCGGGCCUCGGAGCCGCACCUAAUCCCGACGUUCGAGGCACUCGAGAGCGGCGCCGCACUCAGCCCGAAGGACGUAAUGUUUUACCUGAACAACGGUGUCCCAUUGGAAAAGCACCCUGCCUAUGUCGAGCACGUCAUUGCGCCCAUCAAGCGCGCCACGACCACCAGGGACGAAGCACCCGGCCUGACCAGAGACUCUGCGUCAGAGCCAUCCACGCCGGGUCAGCUGCUGCUGGCGGCGCUCGAGGUGGGUGCGAAGUCGUCGUCAUCCCUCGACGAAGAGCCCCGGUCGCACUCGUCGGCACCGCUCGGGGAAAGGCCAUUAUGCUCCUCGGCGUCGGUCGCGUCGGUCGAGUCGGAUAUAGCAGCACUGACUCUGGAGGAGCGCGACACCUAUAACUCGCUGCUCCGAGAGGACCUGGUAGUCGCUCACUGGUACAAGGCUGGCGCGCUGGGCCGCGCCAUGCACCCCAAGUAGGGAACCAAACAACCGUUAACGUCACAAUCGCUGUCACUCCUCACCGAACCCCUCGAAAUACAUAUACAGAGUUGCUACCCAAACGCUACCAGCUAUCAUUAGUUGCUACCAAUUGCUACCCUCAUGGUUUUGAAGAUAUUCAGCAUCUGACCGCCAUCCUGAUAUCAGAAUGGCUGUCACUUUAGAUGCUGAAUAUCUUCAAAACCACUAGGGUAGUAACUAAUGGUAGCUCUGGUAGCAAUUAGGUAGCAACUCUCUAUAGGUACUAUACGUAUUUCGAGGGGAUCGGUGAGGAGUGACAGCCAUUAUGUUGUUAACCUUGUUUUAGCUGGUUGUAGACUUUAUUUCUUUUUUCCAAAUAACAUGGGUUUGAAAUCGUUUGAGAGCUGUUUUUUUCCAGUCCUGUACCAGGACUGCUUCGGUAACUCAGUAUUUGCCUCGAAAUAAAAAGUUAUUUAUAAUGGUAACAGACGGACGGACGGAUGGACAGAGGAGCAAAAACAAUAGCGUCCCGUUUUACCCUUUGGGUACGGAACCCUAAAAAAGGAGGUUUAUGUUAAUUUAAAUGUUUCGAGAAGGUUUAUGUUUAUUUUGUUUUCUUCAUUUUGCAAAAUAUAAAAUAAAUAACUAAAAAAUCAAUAAA